AUGCUACUUGAUAUUUUGCAGAACCUGCGGGCUGUCCUGACACCGUCGGCCAUUUUUUGCGGCUUAGCCGUACUGCUCGUUCUCCUCAGUUCCGCGGCCGCCGGUGUGUUAUGCACAGGGCGCAACCAUGCCGUUCGACGGGAGUUGCGACAACUCCGACGUGUCGGCGUCUCGCCGGACCAAAGCAAUAUGCGCGACCAGUAUGAUGCCCAGUAUGACCUGCCACCAGGAGGCAGCACCAGCCGUCCCAUCCGCAUCAAGGCAAUCUACAUCCAUCCCGUCAAGUCCUUUGCGCCGAUCGAGGUGGACCGCGCCUUGCUCACCAAGUCUGGAUUCAUGUAUGACCGAUGCUUCGCAAUAGCUGCCGAGGUGGUUGAGCCAGAUCUGGACACUGGCGCCAGGAAAAGGUUCUGGCGCUUCAUAAGCCAGCGCACCAAGCCGGCCAUGUCUCUCGUCAAAACCGAGCUCUGGCUGCCACACCCGGCCAGUGAUCCCAGCCAUGUGCUGGUACGCUCUGGGGGAUGUGUGGUUGUCCGGUUUCCCGACCCCGAGCGUCCGACCUGGCUGACCUGGUUCGAGUCGCUUCUCUACACGUGGAAUCCGGCAAUAGCACCCGAGGUCUCGUUCAUUGCUCCGCUGAACCUCACAGAGUCCCAUCUGCCGACGCAUGAUGUGGAGAAGACGCCUUUGAGACCCUUUGUGAUACACGGCCGCACGGCACAAGGCAUUGAUAUGGGAGCCGUGCCCUCUGUUGCGGCAGCACUUCCAAAGCUGAAGAGGUUCCUCAAGAUUUCAGACCCGACCCCGUUUACGCUCUUCAAGUGCACACCUGACGCGCUGGUCCGCACGACGCAGAACCUCGCGCCCCUGAAGUACAUUGGAUCUCCCUCGGUCCACGGCUACACCGAUCAACAGCCCGUCAACGUUGCCAGCCUGUCGUCGGUCCACGACUUUGCCCAGCUGCUUCCCAAGGAGAACCAGCCUCUCAACGCGCUGCGGUUCCGAGCCAACGUGUGGAUAACGGGGGCGCCGGCCUACGACGAGGAAACCUGGAAGCGCUAUCGCAUCGUGCGCAAGAAUGACACCCCUGGUGCGCCCCGGCGCGCGCGUGUCGAUGCCGUGCUGUGCGUCGUAUGUCGCACGUCGAGGUGCACAAUGCCCAACGUCGAUCCAGACAAGGGCGUCUUCGAUGCCGAUAAGCCCGCCGCGGACAAGAAAAAGGGCAGGCCGCAACCAAGCACGACGCUGAUUCGGCACCGCACCGUCGAAACCGGAAACAAUGCCGCCAUGGGAUACAUGGGCAUGCACUGUGUACCCGAGGACCGCAGCUUGGACGAAGCCCAGGAGCAGAAUGCAGGGCUGUAUGUUGCCGUCGGCGACGAGAUUGAAGUGUUGGAGCGAGGGGAGCACUUUUACGGGUCGACGGGAGAUGACUACUAA